AUGUGGGCUAAUGAAGACGGGUAUCCACAGUACGUGUAUCCAUCAGCUUACGUUGCUGCACCAGGAGGAGGAGUUCUAGCCGUUCCCCAAUCGCCUUUAUCACCAACAGCUGCUUCCCAAUAUGCCAUCGACUACUCUUCAGCUUAUGCGCAACAGUAUGCUGCAAGCGGGUACGAAGCGUAUCCCUACACAUCGGCAACUACAAAUGGAUACGUCCCAGCUGCAUACACUUACGCUGUUCCUCAGCCCAUAGCAGCUGGAGCCGCAGGUCAUUUCUACCAAGCCCAACAGAUUCAAGAACGAAUGCAGUAA